CGUCUUUUCAAUUCAUUUAUCUGCAGGAAUGAUUGCCGCUAUCAGUCUCGCGUUCACCGCCCGGCUGAGGAGGUGAAAGUUUCUCCCCAGGAAGAUAAACCGCAAAAGACAAUAUUGUGCAUGAUUUGCGCCUUUUUUUUUGCAUAGCGAAAAAAAAGGGCGAAAAAAAAAAGAGGAGAGAGAGAGAGAGAGAAAAAGGGAGAAGAAAGAGUGUGGGGAGCUCGAAGAGAAGAGAAAAAUCUCUCGGCCACUUUGCAACAUUCCUAUAGCUAAAAAAUAACUGAAGGGAGUUGAUUUUUUUUGUUUUGUUUUGUUUUUUAUUUUUUGCCGUGUGUGUUGGUCUCUCUCCAUUUCUGUUACUUGCAGCCAGUUUAUUUUUUACCCCCGGGCCUCCCUCCCCACUUCAAACCUCCCCGAAAAGUCUCAUCAGAGAGACAGUGCGGUUUUUUGUGCAUGUCUGUCUUAUUCUAGCUUUCUUGCUUAUUUGCAACUGCGAGAUCUCCCCACUUUUUGUUUCCUUUCGGGGCGCUGAUGCCGACGGGGGUGUUUUUGAUGUGGUUGCUUUGGUGGUGAUUGUCGCUGACUUUCCAGAGAGGGUGUUUUUGCUGCUGCUGCUGCUCCUCCGUGUUUUUUUUUCCCGGGUUGCUGCAUUGAGAGUGGGAAGAUGCUUCUGGAUGCUGGACCGCAGUAUCCCGCUAUAGGAGUCACUACCUUCGGAUCGUCUCGCCACCACUCCACGGGCGAUGUAACGGACAGAGAAGUGGGGCUGGGGAUCAACCCCUUCGCCGACGGAAUGGGCGCCUUUAAAAUUAACCCCAGCACACACGAGCUGGCCUCGGCCGGCCAGACCGCCUUCACCUCGCAGGCACCCGGCUACGCGGCGGCGGCGCUGGGUCACCACCACCACCCGACCCAUGUCAGCUCCUACUCCAGCGCAGCCUUCAACUCCACCCGGGACUUUCUCUUCCGCAACCGGGGCUUUGGCGAGGCGGCGGCGGCCAGCGCCCAGCACAGCCUCUUCGCUUCGGCCGCGGGCAGCUUCGCCGGACCCCACGGACACACUGACGCUGCAGGACACAUACUUUUCCCGGGGCUUCACGAGCAAGCCGCGAGCCAUGCUUCUCCCAACGUGGUGAACGGGCAGAUGCGCCUGGGCUUCUCCGGAGACAUGUACGGGAGGCCAGAUCAGUACGGCCAGGUCACUAGCCCCCGAUCUGAGCACUAUGCAUCCACUCAGCUCCACGGCUACGGCCAUAUGAACAUGAACAUGGCAGCCCACCAUGGGGCAGGGGCCUUCUUUCGCUACAUGAGGCAGCCCAUCAAGCAGGAACUCAUCUGUAAGUGGAUUGAGCCCGAGCAAUUGUCAAACCCCAAAAAGUCCUGCAACAAAACUUUCAGCACAAUGCACGAGCUGGUGACUCAUGUCACAGUGGAGCACGUUGGAGGACCCGAGCAGUCCAAUCACAUAUGUUUCUGGGAAGAGUGUCCAAGAGAGGGGAAACCUUUCAAGGCCAAAUAUAAACUUGUAAAUCACAUCAGAGUCCACACAGGUGAAAAACCCUUCCCCUGCCCUUUCCCAGGCUGUGGGAAAGUGUUUGCCAGAUCAGAAAAUCUCAAAAUACACAAAAGAACUCACACAGGUGAAAAACCAUUUAAGUGUGAAUUCGAGGGCUGUGACAGGCGCUUUGCAAAUAGCAGCGACCGCAAAAAGCAUAUGCAUGUGCACACUUCUGACAAACCCUAUCUCUGCAAAAUGUGCGAUAAGUCCUACACUCACCCAAGUUCCCUCAGAAAACACAUGAAGGUCCAUGAGUCAUCCUCCCAGGGGUCCCAGCCUUCUCCCGCCGCCAGCUCAGGCUACGAAUCCUCAACGCCCCCAACAAUCGUGUCUCCAUCUACAGAAAACCAGACCACAAGCUCCUUAUCCCCCUCCUCUUCAGCAGUCCAUCACACGUCCAGCCACAGCACGCUUACAUCAAAUUUUAACGAAUGGUACGUUUAAAACAAAAACAAACAAACAACAAACAAACAAAAACCCUAUUUAAAAGACUCCAAAAUUAAUGAACACUUCGAAAGCAAAAUAAAUACAUAAAUAAAUCAAAAGCUGCCAGUAGACCCAGGACCGAAUAAAAUGAAGAAUCAUUUUCUGUUUUGUUUUGUUUUGUUCAAAGGCUUGGUAGGCAAAGGGGUUAGUAGAAUGCAUGAGAGGACAAGGUUACCAGGCCAAAUGCCAAAUGUGUAGGGCUGGACUGGAACCACUGAUUAGAGGUCUCAAACUGCAUGUCUCCUUGGGCAGCGGCUUUUUUUAAUGUAAAUACAGAAUUAUUAGCUUAAAAUGUACUGUUUGAUUUUGUAAAUAGUCAUAUCGCAAGUUGAAUAAGGGGAUAUGUGGAACUGUGGUCUUUGCAUAUAUGUGAGGGAA